CUAAAGUCAUGUUUCAAAGUUUUAACUCUUCGAUAGUUUACAGAAGUUUGUUAAUUAUUUUCUUGAGCAUUUUUAAUUAAUUUUGAAGUGAGAUGUCGAAUCCGAGGCAGGUUAUCGGCAGUAGACAGCUGAGCAACCGAUCCACCGGGUCGAGCCGUACAAGCCAGAACAGUUAUGCUAGUGGCAGCUACAGCAGUAUCGGCAGUAUGGGCAGCUUAGCCAGUAAGAUGGGCAGCAAGUUCCGCAGUAAACUUGGCAGCCACUCCAACCGUAGAGACGUCGAAUUCUCGUUCUUUAUACGACAGAAAGAGGCUUUAUAUCCACCUUGGUGGACCCGCGAAGGACUAGUCGACUGGUUCCGAGACCUGCCUGAUGAUACGUUGUGGAACUGUUACAUCUGCGUCUGUGUGCUGGUUGGCAUCGUGUGGACCCUCACACAGCUUCAGAACAUAUACCUGAACAUCCUUGACGUCAUCUAUAACAUCUCUUACGCCAUCCACGUCUUCGCUAUUGGGUAUAAGAUCGUCGGCGAAUUGGAAAAUACCGAUAUCAAAUAUGGGAUUAUUCUGGGGUUCCUCAUCGACCUGGGAUCCUUUGCUCAUUACGUGAAAGCCUCCAGUCCUACUUUCGUACUGGUUUGCUAUUACGUGCGACUUCAUCGACCCUACAAAUACCUUUGGUCAUUAAACGACUAUAAUUUGAAAGGCAGUGUAUUGGGGACAGCUCUGAAGUACUGCUACGUGUUCAUUGUGCUACGAAUCACUUGGGCUUACAUUUGGACACAUGUGGAUGGGUCAGGAGGCACUCUGUAUCCGGAGCAGCAUAAAGAUGAAGUUCCUCAGACUCCUGCCGCAGAGUUCCUUAAAGCACUCUACCUCAUCAACAAGAUGUUUAUACCUAUCGGACCUUCAGAAUUUCCUGACUCGGAUAUUGAACGCGUCCUCUGCCUCGCGAUCAUGUUAUCCGGGUGUCUGGUGGUGACCGGUGCUGCUGUGGCAUCCUUGUCCCUCGUCAUCAGCCUCUACAUGAGACCUGAGGAGACCUUCCGAUCAAGAUACAGGCUCAUCAUGAAGGAUAUGAAAGAUACCCAAGUGCCGAUUGUGCUCCGAGACAAGGUGGAGACGUUUUAUAGGAUGUACUGGCACAAAGCGCGCGCCGUCUCCAAGACUCGGCUACUGCCGACCUACCCGCCGACUGUGCCCGCGACCAUCAACGUCGACAUAUAUUUUGAGGCUACACAGAAAGCUCGGAUCCUUCGUGACCUGACAUACCAGAUACUGUCAGAGCUCGCGAGCACGAUGCAAACCAUCCACUACAUCCCCGGAGACGCCAUCAUCAAGCGAGGCGCUAAGAAGUGCAAGAUUAUCUACAUCACGUAUGGAGAUAUUGAAAUGCUGACUGCUGAAGAUGACACUACACCAAUUUUGCGGUUUACUCGCGGAACGGUGCUGACACCGUGUGGCUGUGCUGCUGCAGCGGCGGUGGGUACAUCCCACCUGGCUGUCAGGGCUGCCACCUUCUGCACUGCACAUGUCCUCACUGCAGCUGACCUUUGGAGGGUCGUCAAUAAGCAUGCCGUCUCACAGGACCAUGCGGGACCUAUACUGGCAUCCUUCACUGACCACAUUGAAAAAGUGAAACGGCAUUAUCAAAUGAAGAUACCUGAUAAGUCGAUCCACAAAAGCAGCAUCCUGCAUUUCAACCGCAACCUCAUGUCUCUGAAGAAGAUGAAGAAUGCCAAUGGAGAACCCUUGCUGGCCAGCUCCGACAUCUUCCUAGAGAUCGCUGGCUGUUACAUCAUGAGGAAUCGCUCCAGAGCUACUCAAACAGACACAGCCGACGUGAUAUGUCUGCGGCCGGUGUUCCCCUGCAUCCUGCACCCGUCAUCAUCACUCCUGGCUGCAUGGCACUUCUUCGUUGCCACACUUAUCCUCAUCAUCUGUAUUACCCAUCCUUACAACUUGGUGUACAAGAAGACAGUGACGUUGACGUUCCGUUUCUUCGACUACGUCAUGACUGCUGUGUUUAUUCUGGACCACAUCGUGCACCUGUCCACUGGAGCCAACGUUGAAGAAGGAGUGCCCAUAACGUUUGCGCAGACAUCCUCCCAGCAGAUGCGCAGCCACUGGUUCGUGCUGGACGUGGCGGCCACGCUGCCUAUCUUCGAGUUCGUUGGUGAUGGACAUUUUGCAGGCAUCAAUAAGCUCCUCAGGCUACCAAAGCUGUUCCGUGUGCUCAAGAGCUUGGAGGAGAGCUGCGUGUACCAUAGCAACGUGCUUCGCUUCCUAUCCUACACGUUAUUGCUCCUCAUUGCCUGUUACCUCAUCGCUUCCAUGCAACAGGCCUUCAUGUGUUAUCAGUCUGGUUAUUGUCUGGUGACAAACAUGACUCACCGACCAUUCUGGGAUCGAAAGCCACUCGACGAGGAGACAGUCCAAGAGAGGAUUAUAUUUGGACUGUACUGGUCCAUAUCGAUGAUCAAUUUUAUCUUCCACAGAGAGACAUGGGGCACAGGAAACUGGGAGAACGUCAUUUAUACCAUGGCCAUCCUAGAGAUUUGCGUCGUCCUACGAAUCUUCAUGGAGUCCGUUUACUCUGCUACUAUUAUGGUUACCACUGCUCUAAGAGAAGAUUACGACUCCCGUAUAGCGAUAGUGAAGAGUUUCCUGAUCAGGAAUGAAGUGAACCCAGUACUGAGGAAACGGUUCAUUGAGUAUUUGCAGCUCUGUUGGUAUACUGAUAAGGCGUUCACGAUGACGCAUAAGAACGCGAACAUAUUCUACGAUCUACCACCACAUGUGUACCAGGAUAUUGUGAGCAGGAACCGCAGCAAGUACAUACAGAUCAUACCUUUCAUGAAGUUGCUUUCAAAGGAAGAUAUCAGCGUGAUUUCUUCUCAGGCGAAGCUGUUCUACACUUCACCCAAUGAGAUACUGCUCAACACUGGAGAACUCUCUAACGAGAUCUAUAUCAUCAAACAAGGAUACUGCGAGGUUCUCGACCCUGUUACAAAGCAAAGAGUUGGAACGUUGACUACAAAGAACCACUUUGCUGUUCUGAUUUGCUUGCUACGUCUUCCAGCGUAUUACACUAUUCGUGCCAUCACCCACGUACAAGUUCUCUGCUUGACAAGGAAAAUUCUUCUAGAGACCGCUUUACAAAACCGACAAAUUAAGAAGGCUCUUGAAUAUCUUAAGGCUACGAAAGAGUACCACAGCGUGCAGAAGAAAAUGCCCGCGUUCAUGAAGUAUGAACCGCCAGAGCCGACGCCGAACAUGAUGCGGUUCCGACUGCCUAGGAAACAUGAACCAGACACCGAGUUCCUGUACCCCUUCACCAGGCUCGGAUUCUUGUCUAUUUUACGCUACGUCUUCCCUCGGUACACCAUUCGACCUGAUGGUAAGUACCUCAUCCGCUACGAGUGGUUCCGCGUGAGCUGCGCCAUGUUGUCCGCGCAGCUGUUCCCGCACUACACCUACCUGGUGCUGCAGUGGCCCUGGCUCUACUACGUCACACUCUUCCUCGAUAUGUCCGCGUAUUUCGAUAUAGGUCAACGCAUGCUGAUUGGCUACUUCAAUGAGGGAGGGAUCCUGGUCUAUCAUCCGUCCAGCACAGCAGCCUACUACUUGAAGGGAGCUUUUCUAAUGGAUGUAGUGGCCUGCCUACCCUUGGAGAACUUGGAAUCAGCACGAAAGGACAGCUAUGAUUACAGACUCCGUGUAACACCGACGAAGCAGUUCCUGAUGCUGAACCGUCUCAUCCAGCUCUAUAGGAUGCCGAGCGCCAUGAUGGUGCUCAAGGAACACAUGUCGAGACAAGACUUACUCUUGGUGUUCCAAGCCAUACCGCUAUUUAUGACGAUGCUGAACUUGUCGACUUGCUUCAUAGUCUUCUACUCCGUGAACAUAUUCUACUCCAUAAACGAUGAUGGUAGCUAUGAUUGGUUGAUAAUGCCUUUUGAUGACGAUGGAGGAUCCUGGCUGCUUUUGUUUCGUGAUACCUUUCGCUUCAACCUGACGGAGACACCAUUGAACCUCCACGUGGGGACCUACUUCUGGGUGGUGUACGAGUGCAGCACCACCGGCUACGGAGUGUUCCAACCUAGCAACAUCGAGAUCAUGCAGGUCCUGUUCAUUGGGAUCGCCUGCAGUGCAAUGAUAAUCACGUACUAUUCAGUUCAGAUCAUCAGUAUACGUGCUAACGUCAACCAGUCUCUGGCCAGCUUCCAACAAGACAUGAAGGACAUUAACGUGUACUUGGCCAGGGAGAAGAUUACUGGAGAACUGCAAAAGGAGACUCAACGUUACUACGAGUAUAAUUGGGAGAAGAUGGGUGGUAUCGACUAUCUAGGAGUUCUGAAGCUGUGUGACCAGAUCACGCUGCGGACUGAUGCCAUCUUGCAUAUUUACGGACCCACUUUUGUCAAGUGCCCAAUACUGGUAAACGCAGAUAUAUCUCUUCUCCGUAUCCUGGGGCGUGCAAUCCACAGCGUGUACUUCCUCCGUGACAUGAAGAUCAUAGAGCAUGAUGACAUGGUUUCUGACAUGUACUUCGUGGACUAUGGAGGAGUCGAGGUCAGGGUCGUCUCUGGAGAAAACACACAGAUCGUACGACUUCCCAGGGGAAGUAUCUUUGGUAACCUGGAGACCUUGGAGGCACGUCGCAGCUCAUACAACGUGGUGGCUACAGGUCGGCUGCAUCUGCUGAUGAUCAAGACCAGUGUAUUCGCCACCAUAGCCAAGGAUUUCCCUGAAGUCAAGGAACUUAUGAACAAGUCCAAAACUGGAAUCGGACAAGACAAUAAGAUGUAUGUCUUGGGCGGUGAAGCCAUAGUGAAGAUCAGGCGCACUGCCACGAUGGGCAACAGGCCUCUUCGAAACAAGACCAGCAUCAUCAAGUACAUUUAUUUCCAAGAAAACGCCGUGCAGAUCUAUCUGAUGGCAGUCUGCCUCGGCUGCAUCUAUUUGGACAUGUUCAAUGCUGGACAUCAGAUCAACAGCACCUGGAUGUUAGCUACGCUCUACGCACUGGACCUGGCAUUCUUUUUGAAGAUAUUCACACAACACUCCUUGCCGUUCCUCGUUCCCAAUAAAAAUAUCAAGAAGAUGAUGUUGCCUAUUAGAAAGAUGUACUUCAAGCUAGAAUUCAAAUACGAUUGCAUAUCCGUACUUCCUAUAGAGUUCUUCAGCUUUGCCAUCGCUGACAAUAACGUGAAGUGGAUGGUGUUCUCCUGGCUACGUCUGAAUCGGACAUUUAGAAUAGCAACAGUCCACAAAUGCAUAAAGCGUCGCAAGGAGAGCAUCACGGCGAAUCUGACGGUGACGACGAUAGUGGCGGUGGUGAUCUGGUUCACGCUGUUCGUGCACGCCACCGCCUGUCUCUGGCACUUCAUCGGCAUGAUGGAAGACUCCGUCCAAGCUAAAUCUUCGUGGAUGUAUAUGAAUUCGGGUGAAAGCCACUGCGACAACCACUACAUUUGUUCUCUCUACUUCGUGAUCACGACAUUCACACAAAAUGGAGUGGGAGACAUCAUACCCAAGAAACUAUCGGAGGUGAUCUUCGUGUCGAUCCUGAUGAUUCUAUCGACCAUGAUAUUCAUGGUCUACGUGGGAGAGUUCUCCAGCAUCAUCCAGUACCAGUCAUACCGGUCUUUCAGCUUCUACAGCAAAUACUUGGAAUUGCAGGAGUUUAUGAAAAACAACAGGGUGUCCAAUUACCUUGUGACGAUAGUGAACAAGUACACCCUGCACUUGUGGCGAGAGAGCAGAGGACUGCAGAUACCUCACUUCUUGAAGGACGCACCCCUCUCCCUCCGGCUGAGGAUCAUGUCGGCAGCCUACCUGCAUCACAUCUCCAGGCAUCACAUAUUUGAGAGGUGUGAACCGGCUUUCUUGAGGCAACUGGUCGGUUGCCUGCAGGUCUAUACUUACAAUGAAGGGAUGUACGUGGUGAAAGAGAGUGAGAUCACGGAUGCGAUGUACGUGAUACACACUGGCAAAGUGAGGGAGACUUGCGAGGAGAUGGACGCCACAGCCGCCAGUGGCAGGGUCUACCCUGCAGGCUCCUACUUCGGCAUCACGCAAGGAUUAUUUCGCAACACCCCGUACACUCACUCGUAUGAAACGGUGAUCAAGUCACAGGUGCUUACUCUGAAACUCGACGACUGGGAGUACCUGCUGAAACAUUUUCCGUACAGCAAAAACACUAUACAUAAACAUAUGAGGCAAUUAGGAGACGAUCAUAGGAAACGUGGUAACUGGCCUGGAGGUCCUCCGGUAGACCCUUCUCUUACCCCUGCACGACUAACUGAAUCCACUGACCUAAUGGAUGCUCCUCAGGAACAUUCGCGACAUCCAGGAGGCACAAGGCUUUUUGAAAGUGAUUUUGAUCAAAACAAAUUUGUGCCCCCACCAUCUAUGAGGAGAUUAUCGCAUUCUGAUUUAUCAGAAGAGCAGACAAAAUCAGAAGCAGUUGUGCAAAAAGAAGAAGAAGAAGAAGCAAUUGUUACCGUAGAAAAACAAAAACAAAAACAAAUUGGUUUUUUUACAAAAGUAGGUCGCACUGCCAAGAAGCUAAUGGGUAGAGUCUCUGAUCCUGAUAUAUUAACUGCAGUAUCCGGUGAAGGCAAAGACGAGCUUUUACUCGAAGAAGACGAAGAAGCAACCGAGGCCUUGCUUGCCCAGUUUGAUGCAGCAAAAAAACUUGCUGAAAAGGAACUAAAUUUAAAAAAACUCAGAUCUCGCCGUAAAAACAUGUUUAAAGCCCCAAUAGAAGAUGAAAAUACGGAAAAGCAAAUGUUUUCUUUGGAUAUAGACGAGCCUGGUCCUGAAAGAUCAGAAUCUCAACCAUUUGUAGUCCGACCUCUUCGAAUUCGCGAUUCAGACACAGGCUUCACUUCUAAAGACGACCCUAACAAAGAUAUUUUGAAGCUAGGAGGACGCUCAAAAUCUAAAACAGGCCGUGAUUCAAUGUUGUCUGAAGGUAAAAGAGACGCUACUGCUACUACAGAUACUACAAAUAAAGAAAAGGAAUUAGCUCAUGUGUCUUUAGCUAACAAAACUGAUGAAAUGGCUGAUAAAAGGACUGCUGCGGAUACAAUGACUAAAUUACUAAUACCAACUAAACGAUCAUCGGAAAUACAACUUGCUAUGGAUAUAGCAACGACAGAGUCCAAUAGUACGGCUGUCACUACAAAAGAAUCCUCAUUAGCAGAUGCUACCUUAGGAGCUAUUGAUUCUAAAACAAAGCGACCUCUCAGUCCACCAACAAUUGGCUCAUCUAAAGCUGCAACAGGUGCAGUAACAUCGGAUGUCCAAGUUGUAAUUGAUAUGACAGAAGCAGAUUCAAAACUGACCGAAGAAAGAAAAGAAAGCGGAAGUACGCUUAAGGAAAACUUAAAUACUAUGUUAGAUAAAUUAACAACUUCUAUAGAGGAAAAGGUAGGUGCAAUAGAAAGUAAAUUGCAUGAAGACAAGACUAUAGAAGAUAAGAAAACAAAGGAAGACGCAGAAGAGAAAGAAAUUAUUAUAUCCUCUAGUGAAACUUCAGCGAAUGAAGAGGAGAUUAUGGAAACCACGCUAAUGGUACAAACCCCUUAUAUCGAUAAAUCAGAACCGACACCUACAAUAGAUACUAAAGAUACAGUUAAUUUACCUCCUGGCCCUGAUCAAGACAUAAAGAAAACUCAGCCCAAUACGACUGAAGAAAAUGUUAUAGAAAAGGCACUUGAUCUUUUAUAUCCUGAUUUGGAAACUGAGAAUAAAGUAAAAGAAGUUAGUAGCCCACAAACAAAUGAAACCCUCAAGCCCAUUGGACAGGAAGUUGUGCAAGGUAUUCUAAAGUCUACUCAGGCUCCUCCAGCAACGAGUAUACAAACCAGUCCACCUGUCAGAGAAACUGCUCCCGAACAAGCAAGUACAAGUGUUCAAGCUGCCCAAGAUAUUAGUAAACCACCUCUUAAUCCGAUAUCUACAGGCACGCAAGCAUCCCUGGCCUCUACCAGUGUUCAAGUUUCCAAACACCAAGAGGAUGUUGAUACACCUCAAGAUGACAAAAGUAUGCAAGCUGCACAACGUGGUAGAGAUACUACAGCUACUAAAGAUGUAACAGGUACCCAAACACCUCUUGUAAUUAAGGAUGAACAGCCUAAUCUAGGUACCAAAGAUGUGCAUCCCACCAAGACGGAUUCUAGUAAAUCAGAGGGCAUCGAAAAAUUAGUGUCAUUUUUGUCAGAAACAACCAUCAGAUCUGAAGAACUCAAAGUUAGUUCUAGAGUUGUUGAUCCACAACCCCCGCCACCAUUUGAGGAAGUAGAAGCGCGUAAGAGUUCAUUUGCGAAAAAUACGAUAAUUUUCGAACCUACUGCUAUUCUUUCGGAGAAUAAACUUACUCCUGAACCUUCGUUGCAACCCAUAAAGCUACCACCGGUAUCUGCUUCUGAAUUAAAACUAACCCAAUAUUUAUCCGAAGAAGAAAUUAUGCCUGCCAUAGAUCUCGAUACAACAACUGUCUCGAAAACAUCUGAUGAUCCGGCCUCAGCUGGGCCAUCGAAAGCUGUGGAGUCAGCACUAAAAUCUGAGAAACAACCUGACGAUACGAAAAAGGAGCAAACUUCUGCUGAAGAAGUUAAGGGGAAAGACACUCGACCAUCGCCCUCUAGGCGGUUCGUUCGCGUGCGAUACGAGGAAAAUGACGCUGAAAAGAAACUGCCAGAAAUUUUGCAGGAGAGUAAAGAUGAUGUGGCAGCCUCCUCAGACCAGCAUCUGAAUUAUUUCACCAUGGACAGUGAUGAGCCUAAUCCAACAAAUGCUCAACAAAGUGCUAAUGAGGAUCAGAGCUCGCAGAGUCAAACAUCCGAGCCAAAUGCUUCUGGUGUGAAUAAAAAUAAAAAUGCUUCCUAUAAAAGACGCUCAGAUUGAAUGAAGUUUUGCGUAAAAUAUAGGUACAUGACAUGUAUUUUAACUAAUUUAGUUACUUUUUAGAUACAAUUAUUUUAAUUCGUAUAAGUUCUUUAGUUUGUUAUUAGUUUUAAACAUUGUUCUAUAAUAAAAUGUUAUUUAAUGGUUUAUUUCGUUCGCAUUAGCGAAUAAAUGUACAAUUGUUGUAUAAGCUACAUGACAUGCGUUGUUACACAAUUACUGCAUUUUUGUUCCCUGACUGUACCUAUCUCUAUCAC